GAGUUCCCAGUUGGAGAUCUGCUGCCACCGCUGCUGCGCCCAAGGGUCAAUAUCUGCCAGGUUGAGAAGCCAAGCUAAGAGUUGGGACGAUGGCGAAGGCGAAUGCUAGCGGCGACAGCAAGCCUGGAAAGGAGCCGUGGCGGGGUUGCUAUUAUACCCUCGAAGAGAUCCAGAAGCACAAUCACAGCCAGAGCACCUGGAUCAUCCUGCACCACCGUGUGUAUGACCUCACAAAGUUUCUGGAGGAGCACCCAGGUGGUGAAGAGGUUCUAAGGGAACAAGCAGGAGGAGAUGCUACAGAAAGUUUUGAAGAUGUUGGCCAUUCCACAGAUGCCAGAGCAUUGUCGGAUACAUUCAUUAUAGGAGAACUUCAUCCAGAUGACUGGAAAAAAAUUCAGAAACCAACGGAACCUUACAUUACCACUCUUGAUUCUAAUUCCAGCACAUGGUCCAACUGGGUGAUUCCAGCUAUAGCAGCAAUUAUUGUGGCCCUUAUGUACCGUUUCUACAUGAUGGAGUAAUCAACAUAUUGAGAAGCUAUAAUGGAACAGACUGUUUUGGGAAAGAGAACAAAAAAAUGCAUCCGAACCUUCAUAUCAAGACAGUAUCUGAGAACAACUUUAAAAUUCCAUCCUACUCUUUCCCAGAAAGCCAAAAUAGGUUGCUUCAGCAAUGCACUUUUUAACUCUGCCUUUUACGUAACUGUUUUUAAGUGCUAAAAAUUCAGAGGUCUCUUUUAUAUCAUAAUGUUCAUCAAUUAACUAUCUAAUAUUAUCACAACGUUUCUUAAGAAUAAGACCACUGAUUUUAUCUAUGUUAUCAGUAUGAGACAAGGACACUAAUGCUUAAGGCUUGUCUGGCUUUUCUGAGUUGUUUGGACUUCUUUUGCUAAAACAAUUAGCAGGAGGUUGUGUCUAUGCAAAUUCCUUCCAUUUUUUGCCUUCAUUUAGAAUUUUCUAAUGUAAGGACCCGCUUUCCAUCAGUUUCAUAGGUAUAAUUUGUAUAUUUUCUCCCCCCC